AUGGCAAGUCCUACCGUUCUCACUUUUGACGCUGAGGGCCGUCCGAUCAAGUUUGACGUUUGGCUCGAUGACCUACACCUGUUCCUCCAGAUCACUGCCAAGGAUGAUUUGCGCUACUCCUCCCCUGCUACUGCUGCGAUAGGCCGUCUCUCGCUCCCCUACCUCUUCCCCGAUCUGUCUGCCUUUGCCACUGUUGCUGACCUCAUCACUCACCUUCGUACUAGUGAUCUCCGCUACCGUGCCGCGCUCCCCCCCGAUUUCCUGGCCAAGAACCCUCCCCCGAUGUACCUCACCCUCAACCACCUAGUCACCCGCCUCCCUGACUCCCUUCACACCGGGUGCUCCCCCUCCCCCCUCCUCCCCUCCAUUGCAUUUACUGCUGCCGUCGACUUCCUCGGUGCUGAAGGGGUCGGGGCUGCGUCUGCUCCUAGUGGGAGGCGCAAGGGCGGCAGGGGCAAGGGGGGCAGGGGUGGCGGAGGUGGCGGCGGGGGCAGCGGAGGUGGAGGGGGUGGAGGGGGCGGGGGUGGUGGAGGUGGUGGGAGUGGCGCUGGUGGUGGGGGGGUCAGUGGCGGAGCGGGGGGUGGGGGCAGCGGAGGUGGUGGGGGUGGUGGGGGUGGUGGUGGCAGUGGUGGCGGCAGUGGAGCGGGUGGCGGGCGCGGUGGAGCGGUGCAGCGUGGGGGGUUCGGCGGUGGCCAGAGGCAGCAGCAGCAGCAUCCUAGCGAGACUCAUUCGCCCCAGCAACUCCCUGAGUGGUACUCUCAGCGUGGGGGGUCUGGGGGUGGAGGUACCUGCUCGUACGUCAUCCGUACAGUGUUCUCCCGCUUUCAAUCACCCCGCCCCAUUCUCCCGCUUUCCAUCACCCCGCCCCAUUCUCCCUCCUUCCAUCACCCCGCACCAUUCUCCCGCCUUCCAUCACCAUGCCCCAUUCUCCCUCCUUCCAUCACCCCGCCCCGUUCUCCCGCAUUCCAUCACCCCGCCCCAUUCUCCUGCUUUCCAUCUCCCCGCCCCAUACUCCCUCCUUCCAUCACCCCGCCCCAUUCUCCCGCUUUCCAUCACCCCGCCCCAUUCUCCCUCCCUCCAUCACCCCGCCCCAUUCUCCUGCUGUCCAUCACACUGCCCCAUUCUCCCGCUUUCCAUCACCCUGCCCCAUUCUCCCUCCCUCCAUCACCCCGCCCCAUUCUCCUGCUGUCCAUCACACCGCCCCAUUCUCCCGCUUUCCAUAACCCCGCCCCAUUCUCCCGCUUUCCAUCACCCCGCCCCAUUCUCCCGCUUUCCAUCACCCCGCCCCAUUCUCCCGCUUUCCAUCACCUCGCCCCAUUCUCCCGCUUUCCAUCACCCUGCCCCAUUCUCCCGAUUUCCAUCACCCCGCCCCAUUCUCCCGCUUUCCAUCACCCCGCCCCAUUCUCCCGCUUUCUGUCACCCCGCCCCAUUCUCCCUCUUUCCAUCACCCCGCCCCAUUCUCCCGCUUUCCAUCACCCCGCCCCAUUCUCCCGCUUUCCAUCACCCCGCCCCAUUCUCCCGCUUUCCAUCACCCUGCCCCAUUCUCCCGAUUUCCAUCACCCCGCCCCAUUCUCCCGCUUUCAAUCACCCCGCCCCAUUCUCCCGCUUUCCAUCACCCCGCCCCAUUCUCCCGCUUUCCAUCACCCCGCCCCAUUCUCCCGCUUUCCAUCACCCCGCCCCAUUCUCCCUCCUUCCAUCACCCCGCCCCUCUCUCCCCCCUUCCAUCACCCCGCCCCAUUCUCCCGCUUUCCAUCACCCCGCCCCAUUCUCCCGCUUUCCAUCAACCCGCCCCAUUCUCCCUCCUUCCAUCACCCCGCCCCAUUCUCCCUCCUUCCAUUACCCCGCCCCAUUUCCAUCACCCCGCCCCAUUCUCCCGCUUUCCAUCACCCCGCCCCAUUCUCCCGUUUUCCAUCACCCCGCCCCAUUCUCCCGCUUUACAUCACCCCGCCCCAUUCUCCCGCUUUCCAUCACCCCGCCCCAUUCUCCCGCUUUCCAUCACCCCGCCCCAUUCUCCCGCUUUCCAUAACCCCGCCCCGUUCUCCCGCUAUCAAUCACCCCGCCCCAUUCUCCCGCUUUCCAUCACCCCGCCCUAUUCUCCCGCUUUCCAUUACCCCACCCCAUUCUCCAGCUUUCAAUCACCCCGCCCCAUUCUCCCGCUUUCAAUCACCCCGCCCCAUUCUCCCGCUUUCCAUCACCCCGCCCCAUUCUCCCGCUUUCCAUAACCCCGCCCCGUUCUCCCGCUAUCAAUCACCCCGCCCCAUUCUCCCGCUUUCCAUCACCCCGCCCUAUUCUCCCGCUUUCCAUUACCCCACCCCAUUCUCCCGCUUUCAAUCACCCCGCCCCAUUCUCCCGCUUUCAAUCACCCCGCCCCAUUCUCCCGCUUUCCAUCACCCCGCCCCGUUCUCCCUCCUUCCAUCACCCCGCCCCUCUCUCUCCCCUUCCAUCACCCAGCCCCAUUCUCCCGCUUUCCAUCACCCCGCCCCAUUCUCCCGCUUUCCAUCACCCCGCCAAAUUUUCCCGCUUUCCAUCACCCCGCCCCAUUCUCCCGCUUUCCUUCACCCCGCCCCAUUCUCCCUCCUUCUAUCACCCCGCCCCAUUCUCCCGCUUUCCAUCACCCCGCCCCAUUCUCCCGCUUUCCAUCACCCCGCCCCAUUCUCCCGCUUUCCAUCACCGCGCCCCAUUCUCCCGCUUUCCAUAACCCCGCCCCGUUCUCCCGCUAUCAAUCACCCUGCCCCAUUCUCCCGCUUUCCAUCACCCCGCCCCAUUCUCCCGCUUUCAAUUACCCCGCCCCAUUCUCCCUCUUUCCAUCACCCCGCCCCAUUCUCCCGCUUUCCAUCACCCCGCCCCAUUCUCCCAAUUUCCAUCAUCCCGCCCCAUUCUCCCGCUUUCAAUCACCCCGCCCCAUUCUCCCGCUUUCCAUUACCCCGCCCCAUUCUCCCGCUUUCAAUCACCCCGCCCCAUUCUCCCGCUUUCCAUCACCCCGCCCAUUCUCCCUCUUUCCAUCACCCCGCCCCAUUCUCCCGCUUUCCAUCACCCCGCCCCAUUCUCCCAAUCUCCAUCAUCCCGCCCCAUUCUCCCGCUUUCAAUCACCCCGCCCCAUUCUCCCGCUUUCCAUUACCCCGCCCCAAUCUCCCGCUUUCAAUCACCCCGCCCCAUUCUCCGCUUUCCAUCACCCCGCCCCAUUGUCUUGCUUUCCAUCACCGCGCCAAAUUUUCCCGCUUUCCAUCACCCCGCCCCAUUCUCCCGCUUUUCAUCACCCCGCCCCAUUCUCCCUCCUUCCAUCACCCCGCCCCAUUCUCCCGUUUUCCAUCACCCCGCCCCAUUCUCCUGCUUUCCAUCACCCCGCCCCAUUCUCCUGCUUUCCAUCACCCCGCCCCAUUCUCCCGCUUUCAAUUACCCUGCCCCAUUCUCCCUCCUUCCAUCACCCCGCCCCAUUCUCCCGAUUUCCAUCACCCCGCCCCAUUCUCCCGCUUUCCAUCACCCCGCCCCAUUCUCCCAAUUUCCAUCAUCCCGCCCCAUUCUCCCGCUUUCAAUCACCCCGCCCCAUUCUCCCGCUUUCCAUCACCCCGCCCCAUUCUCUCGCUUUCCAUCACCCCGCCCCGUUCUCCCUCCUUCCAUCACCCCGCCCCAUCCUCCCUCCUUCCAUCACCCUGCCCCAUUCACCCGCUUUCCAUCACCCCGCCCCAUUCACCCGCUUUCCAUCACCCCGCCCCAUUCUCCCGCUUUCCAUCACCCCGCCCCAUUCUCCCGCUUUCCAUCACCCCGCCCCAUUCUCCCGCUUUCCAUCACCCCGCCUCAUUCUCCCGCUAUCAAUCACCCCGCCCCAUUCUCCCGCUUUCCAUCACCCCGCCCCAUUCUCCCGCUUUCCAUCACCCUGCCCCAUUCUCCCGCUAUCAAUCACCCCGCCCCAUUCUCCCGCUUUCCAUCACCCCGCCCCAUUCUCCCGCUUUCCAUCACCCCGCCCCAUUCUCCCGCUUUCCAUCACCCCGCCCCAUUCUCCCGCUUUCAAUCACUCCGCCACAUUCUCCCGCUUUCAAUCACCCUGCCCCAUUCUCCCGCUUUCCAUCAUCCCGCCCCAUUCUCCCUCCCUUCAUCACCCCGCCCCAUUCUCCUGCUGUCCAUCACACUGCCCCAUUCUCCCGCUCUCCAUCACCCCGCCCCAUUCUCCCGCUUUCUAUCACCCCGCCAAAUUCUCCCGCUUUCCAUCACCCCGCCCCAUUCUCCCGCUUUCCUUCACCCCGCCCCAUUCUCCCUCCAUCCAUCACCACGCCCCAUUCUCCCGCUUUCCAUCAUCCCGCCCCAUUCUCCCGCUUUCCAUCACCCCGCUCUAUUCUCCCGCUUUCCAUCACCCCGCCCCAUUCUCCCGCUUUCCAUCACCCCGCCUCAUUCUCCCUCCCUCCAUCACCCCGCCCCAUUCUCCUGCUGUCCAUCACACCACCCCAUUCUCCCGCUUUCUAUCACCCCGCCCCGUUCUCCCUCCUUCCAUCACCCCGCCCCAUUCUCCCGCUUUCCAUCACCCCGCCCCAUUCUCCCGAUUUCCAUCACCCCGCCCCAUUCUCCCUCCUUCCAUCACCCCGCCCCAUUCUCCCUCCUUCCAUCACCCCUCCCCAUUUCCAUCACCGCGCCCUAUUCUCCCGCUUUCCAUCACCCCGCCCCAUUCUCCCGCUUUCCAUCACCCCGUUCCAUUCUACGUUUUCCAUCACCCCGCCCCAUUCUCCCGCUUUCCAUCACCCCGCCCCAUUCUCCCGCUUUCCAUCACCCCGCCGUAUUCUCCCGCUUUCCAUCACCCCGCCCCAUUCUCCCAUUUUCCAUCACCCCGCCCCAUUCUCCCGAUUUCCAUCACCCCGCCCCAUUCUCCCGCUUUCCAUCACCCCGCCCCAUUCUCCCGCUUUCCAUCACCCCGCCCCAUUCUCCCGCUUUCACUCACCCCGCCCCAUUCUCCCGCUUUCUAUCACUGCUCCCCAUUCUAGCUCCUUCCAUCACUCUGCCCCAUCCCCCCUCCUUCCAUCACCCCGCCCCAUCCUCCCUCCUUCCAUCACCCUGCCCCAUUCACCCGCUUUCCAUCACCCCGCCCCAUUCACCUGCUUUCCAUCACUCCGCCCCAUUCUCCCGCUUUCAAUCACCCCGUCCCGUUCUCCCGCUUUCCAUCACCCCGCCCCAUUCUCCCUCCCUCCAUCACCCCCCCCCAUUCUCCCCAACUGUCCAUCACACCGCCCCAUUCUCCCGCUUUCCAUCACCCCGCCCUAUUCUCCCGCUUUCCAUCACCCCGCCCCAUUCUCCCGCUUUCCAUCACCCCACCCCAUUCUCCCGCUUUCCAUCACCCCGCCCCAUUCUCCCGCUUUCCAUCACCCCGCCCUAUUCUCCCGCUUUCCAUUACCCCGCCCCAUUCUCCCGCUUUCAAUCACCCCGCCCCAUUCUCCCGCUUUCAAUCACCCCGCCCCAUUCUCCCGCUUUCCAUCACCCCACCCCAUUCUCCCUCCUUCCAUCACCUCGCCCCUCUCUCUCCCCUUCCAUCACCCCGCCCCAUUCUCCCGCUUUCCAUGA